UCUACCUGUGUGAUGCUGAGAAGUACCAUGAAGGAAAACAAAGCAGUGUAAGAAGAUAGAAACCGGGGCAGUAAAGGAGAAGGCUGGGCAGCGAAGAGAGAAAACAGCCCUGUUUAUGAGAAAGCGCUUUGCCGGGGAAAGGAGCGAUAGGCAAAGGCCUUUCAAGAAGCUCAAAAUGACCGCAAUGUGGACCAGGUGUGCUAGGUGAAGUCUGAGAGGUAGCCAGGGGCUAGGUCCUGUUGGAUUUUAUUCUAAGAAAAAUGGAAUGGGAAGUAUCAGAGGGAGGAUGGGUUGUGUCUUAAGUUUUCGAAAGAUCCCUCUGGCUGCUGAGUGUGAAUAGACCAGAGGGGAGUCGUGAGGAUAGGGAGGUUGUAAGGGUGGAAGCAAAGAGAUUGUAGAGUAGAAGGUGAUUGCAGGUGAUGAAUUGGAUGCCAGUGUGGCUAAGGCGAAAUGAGCUAGGAGAAGAAUGAUGAGAAAUAGCCAUGGGCCAGACUAGAUAGGGCCUUGUACGUCAUGGAAUUCUUCCCCAGAGAGUUGGGAGGCCUGGGGAAGAGUAAGGUGGUCCCACUUAAGUUUUACAAGGAAUACUCAGGUUGCCGUGUGUGAAUAGACUGGAGAGGGGCGAGAACGGAGGCGGGCAGAGAGUGCAGUUAGGAAACUAACGGGGAUGGAGGGAGACGAUGGGUUAGACUACAGUGGAGGUGGUAGAAGUAGGGUAGGAUUGGGGAUCUAAUUUGUAGAGCCAACAGUUGUCGACGAAAAUUCAAUUAACUAUCAAGUUAAGAAGAAAAAAAGGGAUUUUAUUUGAGCCAAACUGAGGAUUAUCACCUGGGAAGCAGAUUCUCAGAAAGCUCUGAGAGCUCUUCCUCCUGUUAGAAGUCGAAGGUAUAGUCUGUACAUUUUUGAGACAAAGGAUCAUACAUCAAAAUGACAUACUGAUGUUUUACAUAAAGUUCACCAAGGAUGCGUAGUCCAGCUCCAGAUUUUCUGCUGGACACUGGUAGAGACCAAAUGCCAGACCCCACGUGAGUGUGUGAGCUGAGCUGGGUGUGACGUGCUCCGCUGAGCCACAUGCCACACUCCACCAUCGAGGGGAGGUCGACGUGGACAACGCUAUCAGCCUUGAGCAGGUCCCAGAAGCGCAAGGUCUUCACCAUGAGUGUCCCUGACUACAUGCAGUGUGCUGAGGACCACCAGACUCUCCUCGUGGUGGUCCAGCCCGUGGGGAUCGUCUCGGAGGAGAACUUCUUCAAGAUCUACAAGAGGAUCUCGUCCGUGAGCCAGAUCAGCGUGCGCGACUCGCAGCGCGUGCUCUAUAUCCGCUAUCGGCACCACUACCCGCCCGAGAACAACGAGUGGGGCGACUUCCAGACCCACCGCAAGGUCGUGGGCCUCAUCACCAUCACAGACUGCUUCUCGGCCAAGGACUGGCCGCAGACUUUCGAGAAGUUCCACGUGCAGAAGGAGAUGUACGGCUCCACGCUCUACGACUCGCGGCUCUUCGUCUUCGGGCUGCAGGGGGAGGUGGCCGAGCAGCCGCGCACCGACGUGGCCUUCUACCCCGGCUACGAGGACUGCGGGACGGUGGAGAAGAGGAUCGAGGACUUCAUCGAGUCGCUGUUCAUCGUGCUUGAGUCCAAGCGCCUGGACAGGGCCACGGACAAGUCCGGGGACAAGAUCCCGCUCCUCUGCGUCCCGUUUGAGAAGAAGGACUUCGUGGGACUGGACACGGACAGUAGACAUUACAAGAAGCGGUGCCAAGGGCGCAUGCGGAAGCAUGUGGGGGAUUUGUGCCUGCAGGCCGGGAUGCUGCAGGACUCCCUGGUCCAUUACCAUAUGUCCGUGGAGCUGCUUCGCUCAGUGAAUGACUUUCUGUGGCUUGGAGCUGCCCUGGAAGGGUUAUGUUCAGCUUCUGUCAUCUAUCACUAUCCUGGUGGAACUGGUGGUAAAACUGGAGCUCGAAGGUUCCAGGGUAGCUCACUUCCUGCUGAAGCAGCCAACAGACAUCGACCAGGGGCACAAGAAGUUCUCAUUGAUCCAGGUGCCCUCACCACCAAUGGCAUCAAUCCAGAUACCAGCACUGAGAUUGGACGGGCUAAGAACUGCCUUAGCCCUGAAGACAUAAUUGACAAAUACAAGGAGGCCAUUUCCUAUUACAGCAAGUAUAAGAACGCCGGGGUGAUUGAGUUAGAAGCGUGUGUCAAGGCCGUCCGUGUCCUCGCCAUUCAGAAGCGGAGCAUGGAAGCUUCGGAAUUUCUCCAGAAUGCAGUCUACAUCAACCUUCGACAGCUCUCCGAGGAGGAGAAGAUCCAACGGUACAGCGUCCUCUCUGAGCUCUACGAGUUGAUCGGCUUCCACCGCAAGUCCGCCUUCUUCAAGCGCGUGGCCGCCAUGCAGUGCGUGGCCCCGAGCAUCUCAGAGCCUGGCUGGAGGGCCUGCUACAAACUCCUCCUCGAGGCGCUUCCUGGCUACAGUCUGUCGCUGGAUCCGCAGGACUUCAACAAAGGCACGCACCGAGGCUGGGCUGCCGUCCAGAUGCGUCUGCUUCACGAGUUGGUCUACGCGUCCCGGAGGAUGGGGAACCCUGCUCUCUCUGUCAGGCACUUGUCCUUCCUGCUACAGACCAUGCUGGAUUUCUUGUCAGAUCAAGAAAAAAAGGACGUGACGCAAAGCCUGGAGAACUAUACCUCCAAGUGUCCCGGAACCAUGGAGCUCAUCACCCUCCCCGAUGGCCUCACGCUGCCCCCGGUGCCCUUCACCAAACUUCCCAUCGUCAGGCGUGUGAAACUGUUGAACCUUCCUGCCAGCCUCCGGCCACAGAAAAUGAAAAGCUUGCUGGGCCAGAGCAUGUCGACCAAGAGCCCCUUCAUCUACUCACCGAUCAUCGCACACAACCGUGGGGAAGAGCGGAACAGGAAAAUAGAUUUCCAGUGGGUUCAAGGAGAUGUGUGUGAAGUUCAGCUGAUGGUAUAUAACCCAAUGCCAUUUGAACUCCGAGUUGAAAACAUGGGGCUGCUCACGAGUGGAGUGGAGUUUGAAUCUCUCCCCGCGGCGCUCUCCCUCCCGGCUGAGUCUGGUCUUUACCCAGUGACGCUUGUUGGGGUCCCGCAGACGACGGGGACGAUUGCUGUGAAUGGUUACCACACCACGGUCUUUGGUGUCUUUAGCGACUGUUUGCUGGACAACCUCCCGGGAUUAAAGACCAGCGGCUCCACGGUGGAAGUCAUCCCUGCUCUGCCCAGACUGCAGAUCAGCACGUCUCUGCCCAGGUCUGCACAUUCACUGCAACCUUCCUCUGGUGACGAAGUAUCCGCUAACGUGUCAGUCCAGCUUUACAACGGAGAGACCCGGCGCCUUGUUGUGAAACUGGAAAAUACUGGGGUGGAGCCACUGGAGAAACUGGAAGUCACCUCAAAAAUUCUCACCACCAAAGAAAAAUUAUAUGGUGACUUCCUGAGCUGGAAACUAGAAGAAACCCUUGCCCAGUUUCCCUUGCAACCUGGAAAGGUGGCCACUUUCACCGUCAGCAUCAAAGUGAAGCUGGAUUUCUCUUGCCAGGAGAAUCUCCUCCAAGACCUCAGUGACGACAGCAUCAGUGUGAGUGGCUUUCCGCUGUGCAGUCCCUUCCGCCAGGUCGUGAGGCCCCGGGUGGAGAGCAAGCCCGUGAACCCAGCUGAGGGCAGCCGGCCUGGGGACCUGGGUCACGUGAAGACCCUGGAAGCUAUCCUGAAUUUCAAAUACUCCGGAGGCCCGGGCCACAUUGAAGGAUAUUACAGGAACCUCUCCCUGGGGCUGCACGUAGAGGUUGAGCCAUCUGUAUUCUUCACACGAGUCAGUACUCUGCCGGCAACCAGUACCCGGCAGUGCCACCUGCUCCUGGACGUCUUCAACUCCACGGAGCACGAGCUGACAGUCAGCGCCCGGAGCAAUGAAGAGCUCAUCCUGCACGCCGGCGAGUGCCAGCGAAUGGCUAUUCAAGUGGACAAGUUCAACUUUGAGAGUUUCCCAGAAUCCCCUGGGGAGAAGGAGCAGUUUGCAAAUUCCAAGGAGCUGGAAGAGGAGAGGCAGGAAGCCCGAGGCCUGGAGAUCAACAGCAAGCUGGACAUCCACUGGACCAUCCCCUCUCUGAAGCGCACAGGUGAGGCGAGUGUGGAAGGACUCCUGAGCCAGCUGGUCCUGGAGCACCUGCAGCUGGCCCCUCUCCUGUGGGACGUGCUGGUGGACGGACAGCCCUGUGACCGCGAGGCGGCGGCCUGCCGGGUGGGCGACCCCGUGCGCCUGGAGGUGAGGCUGACCAACCGGAGCCCGCGCAGCGUGGGGCCCUUCGCGCUGGGCGUGGUGCCCUUCCAGGACCACCAGAACGGCGUGCACACCUACGACCUGCGCCAUGCCGUCUCCUUCGUGGGCUCCGGCACCUUCUACCUGGACAAGGUGCGGCCGUCAGGCCAGUCAGCCUGCCUCGGGGCCCUUCUGUUCCUCUGCACGGGCGACUUCUUCCUCCGCAUCCGCUUCCACGAGGACAGCUCCAGCAAGGGGCUGCCCCCCUCCUGGUUCCGCCUGCCCAGCGUGCACGUGCGCGCCCUGGGGGCCCCGGCCUGAGCCGCUGCUCCCGCGGGGAGAGGUGACCAGAGUGCCCCCGGGCAGGGGACAGGCCUUUGCUGCAACUCCUGUCCACUCCUCCCACCCCUCCCCUCCCCUCCUACCUGCGGCGUCCUCUCUGGGCUUUGCAGGGGCCCCCAGACUUGGCAGCCGUGCCCCUUCCCACACUGGCCAUCAGGGAUCCCCUGCAAGAGGCCGCUGCUAGGGUGAAUGCUGACCAAACCCCAGAGUGUGGCCCUGGGUCCCUGCACCUGUUCUGUGACCUGGGGUUCACAGCCCAGCCAGCAGGAAGAAAAGGUGAGCGUGAGGGAGGGGCACAGCCGGGGUGGGUCUGGGAAGCCUCCCUUGGCCCCUCGGCCCUUGGAAUCCCCCGAGGGCUGGCUCUUCUCCCAGGGGCCCCGAGGCAGCCCAGCCAGGAGAGAUGGCACUGUGGUUGGCUCCAAGAGGAGCCACCUGCCCCCGGUGGGUAGACGGUCACCUGUGUCAGCUGUUCUGGCCCCUGGGCUGGUUCCAGGCUGGGCUCUGGGGGGCCACGGCCUGUGUGUGUCUGCGUGUCGGUGGCAGAUUCUCCAAUAAAGGGCCUGCCUCGCUUC